AUGGAAACCCCGCGCAUGGCUCGCAAUGAUGUGUUUACUUCCGCUUUCGGUGGUUUCUCGCAUGCGCGCGAUGCAGCUGUGCGUCAUGGGCAGCAGGCACGAUGCAAGGGAAGUGGCCUGAUUGGGAAGAGUGUGGACAUACUGAAGGAGUUCUUGGAAAUAGGACUUGUGGGUAUAGAUGAGGCGAACAGCUUUCGAAGUUCUCUCGAAAAGGCGGCCCUACUUUCGGAAGUGAACUUUCACAGGCUAGAAGACCCAAGUCACGAUGACGUUCCUCCUUCAUACGACGACGCUGUCAGAGACCUACCGCCAGAAUACGCUACGCUUUCGCCACUUGCACAUCGAAAAGAUGUGGUUCACGAUUCAGCGCCGCCCAAAUAUUCCCAAACUGCCAAUUCCAGACCCUCGUCCCGUGUCAUCGACUUUGAUGGUUCACUCGGAAUUCGAGAAUACAAGGGCGGGAAAAACAAGAAGAAGAACAAGCCGGCACCGCAGCGACAGGCUACACCCCCGCCAAACGAUGACGGCGACAAAAAAGACGAGGGCGCGGACGGGGGAUCCAACGGCGGGGAUCCUCCAGCCGAUGGAGGUGAUGCUGGCGACGGGAACGGCGAUGGCGGAGAUGGUGGAGGCGGAGGCGGUGGUGAUGAGGGUGGAGACGACGACUGGGAUGCUUGGAACACUACCAGCACCAAGAAGAAGACCAAGAAGCAAAAGAAGGAGGAGGAAGAGGAAUUAAGGCGGAAGGAGGAGGAAGAACAAGCGGCCAAAGAGGAAGAAGAACGCAAAGCCAAGGAAGAGGAAGAACGAAUAGCAGCAGAGACCGCGGCAGCAGACAACAACAAUCUCAGCUGGGCGGAUGAUCCUAACGGCAAUGAUGACUCAUGGGCUGGGUUCGCCACUGCAGGGAAAAAGAAGAAGAAGGGCAAGGGGACUGAUUUGUUAGGGGUUGAUCCUCCCGCAAACUCGUUCCAGGACAUCAGCUUGGGUGACGGGGCUCCGCAAUUAGACCUCAGCCUUGACCCUACGGGUGGGAAGUCUGCCGGAACGGAUUUCAAUUUCGGUACCUGGGGUAAAGGUUGGGGAGGCGGAAAUAAAUGGGGAUUGGAUUCCUUGGGAGACAUGAAUGGCGUCAAAGACGAGAAAGGGAAAGCAGACAACAACCCCUGGUCGCUCGGCUCCAAGGAUCCUAUGAAAGGCUCAGUCGGAUUCGAUUUCGGUGGCUCCAGUGACCCCCCGCCGGCCGCUCCUGCGGACGAGCCAAAGGCCGAUGAUGAUAGCUGGGGUGGUUUUAAUGUCACUAGCAAGAAAGAUAAGAAGAAGAAAAAGAAGGGCGUUUUGGAAGAAGAACCCCCCAAGGAACCUGAACCUGAGCCAACCCCACCCCUCGAGCCUGAGCCUGUGCCCGAACCCGAACCUGCUCCAGCAGCGGACAUCGCGGGACUCUCCAAAAAAGAAAAGCGAAAAGCAAAGAAGGGGAAAGAUGAACUACUGGCGCCCGAGCCAGUUGUAGAAGAGCCUAAAAGUGAUGAUAUUUGGGCAGACAUUGAUACGAAAAAGAACCCGGAGCCGGAAAUUGCAGAUGAUAAUGACUGGGACUGGGGCGCGUCGAUCAAAAAGAAGGACAAGAAGAAGAAGAAUGCAAUUCUUGAGGACCCGGUGAUAGAGGAGCCUCCGCCGGCCCCAGAACCGCCACCGGAGCCCGUUGUCCAGAAGAAAGAAGAAGACGAUUGGGCCGGAUGGGGUGCGCCAGCUAAGAAGGACAAGAAGAAGAAGAAAGGCAAGCUGAUUGAGCCUGAGCCCGAGCCUGAACCUGUCCCAGAGCCCGAGCCCGAACCUAUCGUGGAGCCUGAGCCUGAGCCGGAACCAGAGCCCGAGCCCGAACCUGAACCUGAGGUCCCUGCACUGCCCGAUGACCCUCUUUAUAAUAAUUGGGACAAGCUGUCUUCAAAGGAUCGGAAGAAGCGAGAGAAGUCGCUGAAAAAGAAGGGUCUUCCCAUACCAGGUAUAGAUAUCCUAAUUCCUCCACCUCCGCCCCCAGCGCCCGUGGAACCAGAGGAACCAGAGCCAGAGCCUGUGGUGGAGUCUGAACCCGAACCAGAGCCAGAACCAAUCCCGGAAGUGAUCCCAGAGCCGGUCAUAGAGCCAGAGCCGCCUGUUGAAGACGAUAGCUGGGGAAUCUGGGGCCCUUCAAAAGACAAGAAAAAGUCAAAGAAGAGCAAAAUCGCCGAGGACCCUCCACCACCUGCACCAACUCCGCCGUCCCUAGGAUUGGAUCACGAUAUCGAUGCAUUCGCGAUCGAAGAUGUCCCCGAGGAGCCCAUGCUGGAUGACCCCCCUCCUAAAUCCUCAAAGAAGAAAGCAGAAGAACCUCCCGCGAAAGCCACCAAGGGAUUCUGGUCCGCUUUUGGAGCCGCGACCUUAGGGAAACCUAAGGCCACGAAGAAAAAAUCCGAGGAAAAGCCCAAGGUGAUCGAGGAACCGAAGGAACCCGAGUCUGCCCCGGCGGACGCUGAUUUGCUCCUCGAUGUUGGUGACGAGCCUGGGGAACCCGCGGCGUCUGACGCGCCUGACGAGCCUAUAGUAGAAGAGCCACCCCCGCCAGCCGCGCCGCCAACGAAGACACCUGUUGUCAGCUCCAAGUCCAAGUCAUCAGCCAAGCUGUCCGUCGCUGAGCGCAUCAAAGCCCUUGAGCAGGCGAAGAAAGAUAAAGUAAAAGACAAGGCCUCCGGGAAAUCUAAGACGAAAGAAGCCAUCCCGCCCCCAGUGGAUCCUCCCGAACCUCCUCAGCCAGAUCCGGAACCAGAACCGGAGCCAGUGGAAGAACAGAGAGUUGCACGAGACUCGGUCCCUGGAAGCUUUCCUGACGCCUUUGACGACGACUUUGAAGACCCACCGCCCCCUGUCCCAGAGCCUGAGCCCGAGCCGGAACUAGAACCCAAGCAGGAGCCCCCGCCACCAGCUGAGCCUGAGCCCGCGGUCUCGUCGAAGAAAACCAAGAAGAAGGACAAAAACAAAGGGAAGGUUGUCGAACCGGUGCCCGAACCUGAACCAAUCCCUGAGCCGGCUCCAGAACCCCCACAAGAGCCAGAACCGGUGCCCGAGCCCGAGCCCGCUCCCGCUCCCGCUCCAGUUUCCAAAUCGGACAAGAAGAAAAAGAAGAAGGGUAAGCUUGUUGAGCCUGAACCGGAGCCCGAUCCAGCGCCGGCGCCAGACCCUGAGCCCGAGCCCGAGCCUGCUCCUGCAGAUGAGCCCCAACCGGAAGCGGAGCCGGAGCCAGAGCCCGCAGAACCACCCGCUCCCGAGCCCGAAAAGCCCAAGAAAAAGAGCAAGAAAAGCUCAACUUCAAGAGGCAUCAUGUCCUCUGCUGAUGCGCCGCCUGCGGAUGUGACCGCGGGUGACGCGCCCCCAGAGAAUGAUGCUGGUGGACCCCCGACACCACCGCCCGAGCCAGUUGCGCCUGAAAGAUCGGCCAAAAAGGAGCGUGCACGUGUCGAGCGAACGGCAGGUGCCGCGUCCUGGGCGUUCUGGGGCGCUGGGGCUCCACCGCCUAAGAAGUCAGGUCAUCGGGAAUCCAGGCACAGAAGGGAACAAUCACCGGGGGUUUCAAGAUCCAAAUCGAAUAGACACGCCAGACCUCGGGAGCCUGAGCACGAGAUGGAAAAGUCAUCAGCAUCUGAGAAGGACAAGCGCCGAGAAGCCAAACUCAACCGAGGAACGGCCUUCUCGAAAUUCAUCCUUGGAGCCCCCCCUCCGCCUUCACGCACCAAAUCAAGUCGUCGAAACGGACAUUCCGCCUCAAAACAUACUUCUAGAGGUCCGUCCGUCGAUAUGAAUGAUACUGGCAUUCCAUCACCCCCGCCAGACGACGGACAGGAGAUGCCCGAUAAGGUAGCGCGAAUGAUGGGAGUAUCCGGAACCAAGCGAGAAAGGCCGCGUGGAACGCGAACGAAAUCAAGUGGUGCUCGUGAUCCUUACGCAUUGGAGGACGAAGACAUGGUCAUGGUAGAUCGAGAGGAUGCCGAAGGGUAUCCACCAAAGACACGCUCGCGCGAGUCCAGACACUCCGAGAAGCGGUCAAGAAAGCAGUCGCGGUCGAGGCCCGAGGAACUUCAGGAAGAUGCUGUUAUGGUCGAUGCUGACCAGGCGCAGCAAGGCCCUGAUGUCUUCUCUGGACCAGAUGACAUUGCUUUUGUCGAAGCCCCACCAAAGGAGCCGCAACGCCUUAAACGCUCAAACACCGCUCCUAAGAAACCUGAGACAGGUGGAUUGAUGGGUCUCAUCGGUUCGCUGCGCAGGACUGCGCGUGCGGAGCCUCCUGAACGUCAUAAGUCUCGCUCUCGUCGUGAUGAUGAUGCAAAGCACAUGGCGGACCCCGAACGGGACGAGGCUCGGCGUCAGCGCCGUGAAGAAAGAAAUAAACGCUCAGCCCGCCCGGAGAACGAGGGCGAUGGGUUUGUCACCGACGCUCCUCCAGCCGAGGAAGCGCCAGACAUGGAAGCAGACGAUGCGGAAGCUAGAAGAGCAGAACGCAGGGCGCGACGUGCCGCAAAACAAGCUUCUCUGGACCAAGCUCGAGAGAACGAAAUGCGUGAGGCAGAGGAGAGGCGCGCGAAACGAAAGGGAAAAGAACUCGCUCGGGAGCGAGAGAUGCAUGAUAGACAGCUUCGCGAAGAGGAAGAGCGGGAGCAACGACGCCAAGAAGAGAAGAGAGCACGUCGAGCUGCCCGCGAAGAGCGCCGCGCUCGUGAAGAGCAGGAGGCCCGAGAGGCGGAAGCCCGGGCCGAAGCGAAAGCUGCGGAACGCCGUGAAAGGCGCCGGCAGAGGGAAGCAGAAAUGCAGGAAAAUCCCAGAUCGCGGCGCCACUCCCGCGUGGAUGAUCGCGCUACUCGGGAUUUCUACGCUGAGGACCCUUACGCCGACCCGGAGAGAUCGAAUCGCCGACGAUCCAGGGCCCCGGAAAUGGCCCGGGAGCAACCGCCGCCGAUGAUGUCCGGCGGACGGAGGGAUAAGAUCUCGUCUUGGGUUGAUCAACAGCACAUCAACCCUCCGGAGCCGCCGCCCCUUGUGGCCACUGUGCUCGACAUGCCACCCGGUCCGGGCGAUCAGACCAAUGCGCACUCGAUGUCAUCGGAUGAGGAAGCCCGACGUGACCUCCGCCGCAGAGCCCGCAGACGAGCGCGGUAUCCGGGACUGACAGAUGAUGAGAUCAACGACCUACGCGAAAGAAAACGUGAGGCGCGCCGAUCUGACCGGGAUGGCAUGAAGAGCAGCUCCGGUAGUGGCGACUACGAGCGGGACCGUGGCAUGCGACAUGACCGGUACAGCGCGCCGCCGCCGCCGCAGCCCAACUCUGGUGGAAAAAUGAACUGGUUCAAGAAACUCACCAGUCUGUCAUGA